UCAUCACCCAACAGCGGCAACCAUUUUAAAACCGAAGCUUUUCAUCAACAACUUUCUAGCCCCUCAAGAAUCCAAAAGAGAGAAAAAAAAAAUGUCAUGGCUAGCUCGGUCUCUCGCAAAUUCUCUCCGUCUCGAUGACGAAGAAAACGACGGCAUACCACACCGAGCCAACCUGGACCCGUCACCCACCAAUCAUGAUCAAAUUGCAGCGAAAGAUGAACAAACUGAAACUCAAUCUCAAUCAUUAUCAGAGUUGGAAGAAGAUGAGGCACAAUCGCGUGGAGUUAAAGAAGACUUGACGGAAUUCAAACAAACCCUAACUCGCCAAUUCUGGGGGGUCGCCUCAUUUCUCGCUCCACCUCCAUCAACACAAGAUCAUCCGGUAGAUUCCAACCGUAAUUUGAACGAAUCAGAGCUGUCGGAUCUAUCCGACAAGGAAGAUCCGGAAAAUUCAGGGAUCAGCGAUAGGUUUAGAAGCGGCGUGUCGGAGAUAUCGAAGAUGGCUUCGAAUUAUUUUCCCUUUGGAUCGGAGGACAAUGAGGAGCAAAUUAGGGAGGACAAUGAGGAGCAAAUUAGGGAGGACAAUGUGGAGGAGCAGGAAGAGGAAGGGGAAGAAGAAGAAUUGAGUGCGGUUGGGAUUACGGAUGAAGUGUUGGCUUUUGCGAGGAAUAUUGCCCAUCAUCCAGAAACUUGGUUGGAUUAUCCUUUAGAUGAGGAGGAAGACCUGGAUGAUUUUGACAUGUCUGAUGCCCAAAAGGAGCAUGUUUUUGUUAUUCAACAUCUUGCUCCUAGAUUAGCGGCUUUGAGAAUUGAACUUUGCCCUUGUCAUAUGAGUGAGAAUUACUUUUGGAAAGUUUAUUUUGUCCUGCUGCAUUCGAGGCUCAACAAACAUGAUGCAGAGGUUUUGUCUACUCUGCAGGUCGUGGAAGCCAGAACAAUGUGGAUGCAGGAGCUACAAAAGCAAACAAAGCCAGAAACCGACUGGUUUGGAAGAAGUACUUCCUAUAUGAAAGACAGCACAAAUGUACUGCAGGAACACCUUGUUCCUACUUCAUCUAACUAUGCACCUUCCGAUGUCUUGUCACUACGGACAUAUGCUUCUGAACUAAGCACUUCCACAAUGAUUAAAGAUUAUGAGACUGAGAAGCACCCAAUAGACAGCACUGAGAUUCAUUUUGUUGAUAAAUCAGUCAUAGCAGAAAAGCCAGUGGCCAUGGAUAAGAAUUUAACAGUUGGUCCAUCCUCUAAAAUUCAGAUUCCUAAUUAUGAAGAUGAUGAGGAUGACUGGCCAGAGGAGGAUUCAGAUUUAGGUGGAUACAAUGAUACUGCAAUUUGUGUGGGGAAUGAAGAUGACAUUUCAUUCAGUGAUCUUGAGGAUGAUGGGUGUGUGCCGAUAAAACCAAAGAUUGUUUAAAGCGCUUUGGAACUUUAAGAAUGCAAUACCCAUGACUGAGCG